AUGCCCUUUGGUCAAGUCGUCUUGGGACCGCCAGGCAGCGGCAAGACCACGUACUGCAAUGGCAUGCAGCAGUACCUCCAGGCGGCCGGCCGCGACGUCGCGGUCGUCAACAUGGACCCUGCGAACGAGCAACUACCAUAUCCUUUCCUUCGCCACUUGUCCGACAUUGACAUCAUGGAGCUUGUCUGCCUUGAAAACGUCAUGGACGAACUCAACCUUGGCCCGAACGGCGGUCUGGUCUACUGCAUGAACUACAUUGACGAGCACUUUGAGUGGCUGGCGGAGCGCCUCGGGCGGCUUCAAGAAAAGUACAUUUUAUUCGACUUUCCCGGUCAAGUCGAGCUGUACACGCACGAAGUUAGCGUGCACAACAUCCUCCAAAAGCUCCAGAAGCUCCAUUACCGGAUAUCGGUUGUGCACCUUGUCGACGCGCACCACUGCACGGACAGCUCCAAGUUCAUUUCGGUCGUGCUUCUCAGUCUCUCGUCCAUGGUGCGCCUCGAGUUGCCGCAUAUCAACGUCCUCUCCAAGAUGGACCUGAUCCAGCAGUAUGGCAACCUCGCGUUCAGCCUCGAGUUUUACACGGACGUAUUGGAUUUGCGCUACCUCCUGGACCGUCUCGAAGCGCAAGAGUUUGGUGAGCUCCACGAAGACGACGACGACCCGUAUGCGCUCCCAGCCAACGACCUCCCGCACGCUGUCCGGUGCAAGCAAAAGCUCCGCGAGAAAUUCCGCCGCAUGAACGAAGUGCUCAUCGAGGUGAUUGAAGACUUUAGCCUCGUCAGCUUUGUGCCGCUCCAGAUCGAAGACGUCGAGAGCCUCCAGCGCGUGACGCAGACCAUCGACAAGUCGAACGGCUACGUCUUUAGCGACAAGCCCGCGGGCGGCAUCUUCAAGGACUCGGACCUGCAGUCCGACCGCAUUGGCGACAUGGAGGAGAAAUACGUGCGCUGA